GCCUCCCUCUCCGCACCGCCCACCUCCCUUCCGCCGAGCUCCUGCAAGGCCUGGCGGGCGGAGUCCAGCAGCCGCGGUGGCCAAUGGAGGUGCGGCAGGAAGCCGGGCGCACGGCCCGGGAGGAGGCGCUGGAGGGCCAAGCGUAGUGCGCCGGGCGAAGGCGAAAGGGGGCUGGGUUUGGCCCAGGAGGACACUAAGGAGCCAUGUGGCCCAUUCUUUGGGCAACCGUACGGACCUAUGCCCCCUAUGUCACAUUCCCUGUGGCCUUUGUGGUAGGGGCAGUGGGUUACCACCUGGAGUGGUUCAUCCGUGGCCAGUCGCCUCCGCAGCCACCCGAGGAGGAGAAGAGCAUUUCAGAGAGGAGGGAGGACCGCAAGCUUCAGGAAAUUGCUGGAAAGGACCUCACCCAAGUGGUCAGCCUUAAGGAGAAGUUGGAAUUUGCCCCCAAAGCUGUGCUAAACCGGAACCGGCCAGAGAAGAGCUAGCCCCCCCAGGAUUGCCAGAGGCCCUUCCUUCAUAAAAGGGUGAUGCUAAUUGGUUGGUUUUCUGAUUCCAUUGCUCUGACUUUGCCCAAGCCCAACCAAUCACAGUUUGCCAUUCAUGCCUUCACCAUUUUUGCUGUGCUGCAGCUGGAAGGGAUGACUUGUGCUACUAGAAUUCAUCAGAGGUGGGGGAAGAGAUACAAAGUUUGGAGACUCCUCUGUAAGAGACACUGGUCUUGAGUUGGAAUUUCUUCCAGAGUUCUUGGUGAAAGUUCCAUGUAGCAUCUGGCCUGAAGACCUCCUUCCUCUCCACCAUGGUCAGCUCAGGGUCCAUAGUGUACCUUGGUACAGGCAGGCUUUCAGAAGAACACCCAAUAAGUAUGGCAGCCUUCAGUUGGUGGGAGAAUCUCUUAUCUGAAGGGCUUUGGGUGACCUGUAUCCUCUUCCCUUCUCCAAGACUUCCAGGCUGGAGAGAAACUAUAACCACCAGAGGAGGUGGUUAGCUGAGCAUCUCUGCCAUGGUGCUACUCAGGAAAUCAGAUGUUUCUUUCUCAAGGAGUUUCUUCCCAUGGCCUGGAGGGUGCUGGCUUUUGGGGUAGGGAGGAGCAUGGGGCUGCUAUUGAAAUUAAAAGUUAAAACACUUUGAAAA